UUGCAUCAUUUCUGUGUUCAAUUUUUAAAUUCAUUCAUAACCCCAUUGAGUGUUUUUUAACUAAAUUAACAUGGCUCGCAUGAACCGCCCCACUCCUGUGGAAGUCACCUACAAGAACACGAGAUUUAUUAUAUACAAUCCAACCAAUGCGACCUUAAACAAAUUUAUAGAGGAACUUAAGAAGUAUGGAGUUACCACAAUAGUUAGAGUAUGUGAAGCAACUUAUGACACUACUCUUGUGGAGAAAGAAGGCAUCCAUCUUCUUGAUUGGCCUUUUGAUGAUGGUGUACCACCAUCCAACCAGACUGUUGAUGACUGGUUAAGUCUUGUAAAAAUUAAGUUUCUUGAAGAACCUGGUUGUUGUAUUGCUGUUCAUUGUGUUGCGGGCCUUGGGAGGGCUCCGGUGCUUGUUGCCCUGGCAUUAAUUGAAGGUGGAAUGAAAUAUGAAGACACAGUAGAGUUCAUAAGACAAAAGUGGCAUGGAGCUUUUAACAGCAAGCAGCUUUUGUAUUUGGAGAAGUAUUGUCCUAAAAUGCAGCUGCGCUUCAAAGACUCCAAUGGUCAUAGAAACAAGUGUUGUAUUCAAUAA